UAACUAUGCAUCUUCUGCACUUGUCUACUUCAGUUUCUUCUUUAUAGAACUCACUGAAAAAACCACUUCAAUUGCUUCAUCUCAAAACACAGCUUUGUGUCUUCUCUCUGAAAAAACUUUAGAAACCUGCAACCCACUUGUAGAAACCUGCAACUCUGUUUCUCUAAGCCUGCAACCGUUUCUGAUUAUCCUGAUCAACACCCAGCUUCAAAACAAAUCUGAAAAAACAACCUGUUACCAUCAGAUUAUAGCCUUUCUUGAGCUGAAUACCAGUUGACACACCAUCAGUUCUUCACUUGCUUUCUUCUUUGCAUACAGAAUUUCAAUGAAUCUGAUUCAACAGUGAGUUACACAGCCCUUUAACUCUUUUUAUCUCCAGCUAAACACUUGAGACAAUCUCCAAAUAUAACUCCACCAGGAAUAUAAAAAAUAUCAUUUAAGAUAUGCAUUGCUCUUCUUGUAGCAACAAUACUCCACCUGAAAUUAUAACCACUUGGACUACUCUGUCUCUAUAAGCUCAGCUUCACAAUCAGAGUUAGGAUCACCCUUCCAUGUAUCUUUGAUCCUUUCCCACGUUCUUAUGCAUCAGAUUGAGUUAUCAUGACUUCUUGCUUGAGAAAGUGUGCCAAAACCUGUGACACAGCUUCUUUCUUCUUGCAGCCAUCUCAACUGAUCCAUUUGCAACCAGAAAACCAUUAAGAACUUCUUUUUACCAGCAGCACUGUCUCUUAGAGCAUUCUUCAUGUUGUGAUGAUGUUACAACUUAGGCUGAUACAUCAACAAACCAUGCUUCUAUCCCACAAAUCAGAAAUCUUGUACUCUCUUGUCGCCAAAAAAUACAACCAUACUUGUCUUGCACCGCUGUUGAUAAACAGGACACGCCGCCUAACUCCUCUAGCUAGGAAGACUUUCGAUACCAGACUGUAGUAUACCAUGUUGCAUAAAAAAAUGCAUUCAAAGACAAUCCUCAUGAAUCAUGAUGUCUCCAAUGCCUUCAGCUUCUAGACCACCAGAAUCUUCUUCAAUCUCUGUGAAGAACUGAUUCAAAUACAAGAUAACCUUCUGAGAAAACAAUGCUCCACCUGAGAUAAAUACUACUUCUUCACUAAGAUUCAAUCAAGCAGAAACUCCAUGUGUUAAACAUAGCACAAAUCUUCUUAGAAACAUGAAUCUUCGCUACUUCCACCUUCAACUUUUCAAGAGCUUACACUUCUUGAAACAAGAACUUGGAAACUUCUCUAUAUACACUCAAGCUCACCAUUCAUUGCAUUCCCUCUGAAAAUAGCAAUGAAAACCUGAGUGAUACAACUUCUGUUCAAUAGAACAUUUCCAGACCGCAACAAAAGCAUAACCAUCAUUGCAUCCCUCUGAAUAUAGCAAUAAUGUAGCUUCAUGUUCUCAAUGACACACCAACUGUAGACUGUCAUAUUACCAAGAACCAGUAGCUAACACACUGAGAUAAAACCUGAAGCAAGAAACCCCAACCAGAACUCAAAAGCCACUGAAAUUUUUACAACUGUUUCUGUCUUUGACAAGCCAGAAAACCCCUUCUGCUCCAUAACCAUUCUGCAUCCUCCUUUAAACUGACCUUCGAGAAUAUCCUUACAAAUACUCAGACAGCCAAAAAAUACUCAUCAAAUCCAAAGUCUUAGACGUCACUGAUUUUUCUGAGUUUCCAGACUGGAAACAAGAUAGCUAAAACACCACUUGCAACUGAUUUCUACAAACUGAUUCAACCAAAGAAUAUCCAGAAAACCAUCACUGAAUCUUGGCCAAUCCCAAGCAAAACCAGUACAAAACCUUUGUGUUCCAACAAGCUUCCAAUCCCAACAGAUAUGCAGAACUUGAGCAGUUUUGAAACUUCAAUACAGAGCAUCACAAAUGCCUUGUGACUGCAGCGGAACCAGACCUUAUAAGUCUCAGAAAAAAAACUUGAGUCUUUAAAUUGAUGCUCGGUUUUGACAUAAACCAUUGAGUCACAGAACAUGUACUCAUCAUUUUAUAAGCCCAAAACCAUCUGAAAUACCUCCAGCUUACAUCAAUCUUCAUUCGGUUUCUUCAGCAUUGAUCAAGAACUCUCUUCUUGUAUCAUGUGCUCCUUGCUUCUAUCUCUGAUAAUUUUUUUUUUCUUCUACUUGCAACACUCCAGCUUACGAAUAUCCUGUUAUCCUUCUCACAGUGUUGCAGCUUCUUGUAUCUUAGAGGCCUCUUGAUUUCAUAGCCCCUGAAAUCACUUCAAUUGAUUCACACUUUCACCAUGAAUCACUCCUUAAGAUACAACUUGUUCACAUCUCACUUUCACACCAAACAUGACCAGAACUGUCUUUGUUUCUGCAAUAGAAAAUGUGUAGCUUCAACAUAAAACCUGUAGCUUCAACAGAAAUCUUGUAGCUUCAACCAGAAGCUUCAACAGAAACCCAACAGCAUCAACAGAAAACCAGAAGCUUCAACAGAAACCCAAGAGCUUCCACAGAAAACCUGCAACUGCUUCAGUUCAUCUUGUCAUUUAAGGUGUGUGGAUGAGAUGCUUCCAUAGACACCAGAAUGAGUCUUAUAACUCCUUCCUCUCACGUGCUGUCCCCAAAGAGAUAUCUUGGCUUUCAGCCUGAGACAUUCAAGUCUCAUACUUUCCUCAAAAUCUGAGAAAUACCAUGAUGCUUCAACAAGAAAGAGUCUUAUGGCUUCUUCCUCUCUUCACAUCAUUUACCAAGAGCUACUUCCUUGUUGUUCUUCCUGAGACAUCACUGUUCUCUACACAACCAGCUCUCCAAAGAAAAGGACGUGGCUUCUUAACAUGAAAGGAGCUCUACUGCUCCAACUUUUCAAAGAUCCAACCUUUCUCACUUUUCUUCACUCUGCUCCUCUCUCUAGAUCUUCUCUCCUUUAGAUCUGAAUCUUCUUUCUCUCUUUCUUCUGGAUCUGAGACUUUCUCUCUUGAAAUCUCAGAAAUCUCCAAAGCUUCACUCAUGCCUAGAUCUCCUCAUAAACAAUGAGUUUCCUCUUCCACAAAACACACAGCUUCCAUAACCUUCAAAGCUUCCACUUCUCUUCUUGACAAAAAUGAUUCUUGGCUUGAGAGAACCAUAAAACACAGAACCAAGGCUCUGAUACCACUUUGUUAGGAUUCCAGAGGCUCAAAGUCAUCACUUUGUCUCAACAUGAACCCACAACAAACCAAGAUAGAAGUUGCUUGAAGUCAAAAACAUAAACUGUAAAAACAGAGUUGUAGAAAACAGAGUAUAGAGAGUUUGGAGAAGAGAUUAGAGAGUAGGAGAAGAAGGGAGCACACACACAAUUUAAGGAGUUCGCGCCCGUUAACGAGGGUCACUACAUCUCCCCGAGACUACAGCUCGGAAUCCACUAGAAGAGAACAAGUUGUAUCAGUUAUUUGCUUGUGAGAUAAAAAAAGGGGGUGCAAUGGCGAGGAUAAAACCUCAGGCUCUGCUAAAUCAAAGCAAGAAGAAGAAGGGUCCUAGUCGGAUAAGUAUUUCUACAAUUGUCGUGUGUAAUCUCGUAGUUGCUGUAGUUGUACUCUCCUUGGUCACUACUUAUCGUCAUUGGUCCCAGAGGUCAAGAAACACACUUGAAACCCAGAGUCAGAGUUUUGAGGACACAAAUGCUGUAUCACAACAAAAGAAUUACGAUCGUCCUGGCUAUGCCGAUAUAAGCACAUCAAAAGGUCUCAUAACUGUGGAACUCUUUAAAGAUGCUUCUCCUGAAGCUGUCGACAAGUUUCUAGAUCUGUGUAAAAAAGAUCACUUCAAGGGAAUGCCGUUUCAACGGGUUAUAAAAAACUACUUGGUGCAAGCUGGUCACUCCUCGAGCUCUAUACCUGUAGAAGAAUGGACAGCUAAAGGAAAGCUCCGUGGUCGCCUUGACACAAGCCCAAAACAUGAAGCAUUCAUGUUGGGGACACCAAAAAACAAAGGGAACAAGAAUAAGGACUUCGAGAUUCUGAUCACAACGGCGCCAAUCCCGGAUCUGAAUGAUCAGCUUAUAGUGUUCGGAAGAGUCCUUAAGGGAGAGGAUGUAGUACAGGAGAUUGAGGAAGUGGAUACAGAUGAGCAUUUCCAGCCGAAAUCGCAGAUAGGGAUCAUUAGCAUUCUACUUAAACGAGAAUUAUAAAGUGAAAAAUCUCUCUUGUUUAUUACCUCACGCAAAUCUUUUCUUCAUACUCACUGUUUGUCUAAAUCUUUUUUUUCUUAAUCUUUAUUUUACUGAUUAUUUCCUGUUGUUUUGUAAUUUUAAUUGAUCUUUAUCGAGGAAAUAACAUCUUUGUAUAAGUUAAAAUAAUUGGCUGUUUCUUGAA